ACACUCUCUUCUCAAAACUUUACAUUUUUUAAUUAAAAGACUAAAAAUGACACAAAAAAGUUCGUUACAUUAUUAUGAAGAUGGUGAUAUUUUAGUAAUAGUACAAAAUGUAACAUUUAGAUUACAUAAAAAUAUUCUAUCGAUAGCGUCAAAAGUAUUUCAAGAUAUGUUUAAAUGUGCUGUAGCAUCCAGAGAAGAUUUACCAACUAUUAGUUUAACCGAUACAUCGUCAACAAUAUUUGAAAAUCUAUUAUCAUAUUUAUAUCCACAUAAAUUUAUACCUAUUACAUGGGAAAAUAUUAUAGAAUUUUGUGAAUUAGCUGAUAAAUAUGAAAUAUCAAUGGUUCUUGAAGCAGCUGAUAAUUUUUUAAAGACUUAUUUUCAAGAAAAACCUCUCAUUUCUUUGGUCCUAGCCGAUCGGUACAGAUUUAAAUAUAUUUACAAGGAAGCAUCAAAAUUAAUUUUGGAUAAUUUGUUAGUAUACAAAAAAGAACCAGAUUUCAAAAUAAUUUCAAGUAAUACAAGAUGCGCUCUGGUAGAAAAAUAUUUGGAUUUCACUCUCGCAAUAUCUUCAUUCCAAGGAUUAAAACAUCAAUAUGAUUAUCAACAUGCUUGUGAGAAAGAACCACAUUUAUAUACAGUUUGUCUUAACAAACAAAAAACAACUAUGUUAUAUGAAGAAUUUUUUAAUGGUAUACAUUUAGAUCCUACAAAAUCACCUUCUACAAAUUUAAAUAUCUUUUUGGAAUAUUGUAGAAGAUUUAAAAAGAAAAACGAACAAUUAAAUCAAUGUGGUAUUUAUUUUAUUCAAAAUUAUUUAAUUGACAAGGUUGUUAAAUAUUUAUUUUCAGGUGAUGAUAAAGCUGUUGAUACUUUGGAAAGCGAAAAAGAUAAAGAAGAUCGCAAGUAUUACCUAUUAAUUGAAUUAAAAGAUUAACAAUGUGAAUUUUAAAAUGUUAAAAGAGAGAGAAUUUUCAUAUUUUCAAGAUCUUCUUUGGUAGUUUAAAACGUGGAGGGUAUAUAUAUAUAUAGAACUUAGAUUUUUAGCAGCAUCAAAUUUAAAAUAUUGUAAAUAUAUAUCUUCUAUUUUUUUUUGUUUCAUUAUAGAAUAAACUUUUUGGUUAAAAAAAAAAACACAUGCUAAUUAUUUGAAUUUUUUUUAAAUAUUUUUA